AUGGAAUAUAAUGAAAAUGUAGUGAGGGGGAUGUUUGUGUUUGGUAGCUCUCUGGUUGACAAUGGCAACAAUAAUUUUCUCAACACAAAUUCUAAAUCCAAUUAUACGCCUUAUGGAGUAGAUUUUCGUUACGGACCAACAGGAAGAUUCACAAAUGGAAAAAAUGUUAUCGAUUUUCUUUCCGAUAAGCUUCAUCUUCCUUUUAUUCCACCCUUUUUAGAUCCUUCAACCGUCGGAAGUAAAAUAAUCCACGGUGUAAGCUUUGCGUCCGGUGCUUCAGGAAUUCUAAACGACACUGGAUCACAAUUUGGAGUGAUGAGUUUGCAUAAGCAAAUGAAGAACUUUGAGGAGGCUACAUUGCCACAAUUAGAAAAGGAAUUAGGUGAGACAAGUGAUAAAUUUGUAAAAAAUUACUUGUUUGUAUUUGGAGUUGGAGGGAAUGAUUACACACUCAAUUUCUUCACUAAUCCACCCAAUGUCUCUCUUGAGGUUUUCACUAUAAAUCUCAUUAACUCAUUGUCAACUCACCUUCAGACAUUGUACAAUUUAGGGGCUCGAAAGUUCGUAAUGAUGUCUGCAUAUCCACUGGGUUGUUAUCCAAGUGCCAAAAAAUCCCAAGAACUAGCUGAUGUCCUAUGCAUUCAGCAUCUAAACGAAGCUGCUGAACUCUUCAAUUCUAAAUUAAAAUCUUUGGUAGAUUCUAAAGAUUCAACAAUGCCUGCUUCCAACAUUGUCUUAGUCAAUUGUUAUGACAUCACUAUUGAUCUCAUCUUAAAUCCUGCCUCUAGUGGAUUUGAAGAUUCAAGAAAUGCAUGUUGUGAAGUAACAUCCGUAAGCAAUGGCGCAGCUUGUGAGCCAAACGGAAAAAUUUGUAAAGAUAGAAGCAAUUAUGUGUUCUUUGAUGGUGUUCAUCCUACAGAAGCAGUCAAUGAUAUAAUCAUACUUAAGGCUUUUUAUUCUCAUCUUCAAUCUGAAGUUUAUCCCAUUAAUAUAGAACAAUUAGUGAUGAGCCAACCGAUCAAAUCAAUUUGA